AUGGCGACAUCGGAAGUGUUUCGACCCAGCAACGGAGAUUUAUUGGUCAGAGAUGCCUUGAUACAUGGUCCGACAUUGUCCGCUGACCAUUUCAAGAAGGAGACUGGUCGGCCACAGACCCAGGGAGGGUACAGGUUCGGACAGCUGAGUCACAAUUCCUUCUUUACCCGACACAAUCCUCACCCUACUCGGGUCAGACACAUUAAAGGUCUCCUAGAUGUGCCCAUUUGUUGUGUCAACGAUGACGGUUACUUUGCAAGCCCACGAUACUCUCUACAGUUUCCACCAAAUGGUUUUGAUAACCAACAACUAAAGCACUGGAGAGGUCGUAUCCCAGUGAGUGCCAUAAAUUUCAACAAACGACUCAACGCGAUUGGUGGUUGGCAGAGUCUCGCAGGUUUAAACGGCUACCCUUUCAGAGAGAAAGCCAUCCCUAAAGUUGGACUUGUACCUAUAACGGAGGCAUGGAGAGAUGAACUAGCAGCGUUCACUCGAGCCUUGGGAGUGGAGGAAGUAUUAGCUGGCAACAAAGUGGCCCCAGUGGACUCUAAACCCGCAAGUGAAGGACGUAAACGAUCAACUGUCUACUCCCCUGAUACGGGUCGUAUCAUCCCGCCUCCUUCCCGGGCUGUGUCUAGGGGUCAGUCUAGAAAAGGUCAAGCUAACAAUCAGUUCAUUGGAGGAAACCUGCAGCAUAUCUCUACUUAUCCAGACUGGGAGAAUCUUGUGUUUCUCAUGCUGUGUCAGAUUCUACAAACGGAAGACACGAAUGCUGUCCAGGCUUGGCUGUGCUCUGCUGGCGAGAGAGAGAAGAGCCUGGUUAUGGAUCUGGUGAAGAGCGCUCUCGCUGGCGGCGAGGAGUACUACAGACAAUACCCUGCUGAGUUUAUGGAUACAAGUACGGGCAAGUUACCUCCCAUCCACGAGAAGCGUGGCAACUCUAAUGGUGAAGUGAAUCGGAUGACUGGAGGGGAUGAGAGGAAAGGUGAGAUCUCACACACACACAAACGAACAGUUGUCUUUUCUAUUAUCUAUUUAAUUACAGAAAUCUACCACACAGAGCCCCAAAAAAGUUAUACUCCCCCAAUCCUGGGAAGUGUAUUGGGUGCUAAGCUUGAUCUGAUAAAGGAAAAACCACUGGUGUCUACAACCACUGAAGCUGUUAGAUCACUGCCUAUUCCAGGAAGGAAUCCUUUGACUCCUCUUCAACCAAUCAGGCCACCAACACGACCCAGACAACAGAAAAUUCAUGUCUCAAAGACAUCUAAUUCAGAAUCUAAAAUUAAACAUACCAAGUCUUCAUUUAAAGACAGACUUGAUGUCAUGUGGAGUCAAAACCAAUCUGUAAACACAUUUUGA